UUACAGUAAACAUGGAUGUUGUUUAAUGUUAUUUUAGAACAAAAAUAAUUACAUCCACGUUGACAAAUCUCAGAAUGUGCUGUACAAAUGUUUGACUUAAACUGUAUUUACAGUAAGGUACAAUGGAGGAAAGGAACAUAAGUAAUGACGGCGGCAAUGGCGAACAGUCAAGCCACAUGGAUUUGUUUGUGGGUGCAGGUUUGGCUAUUAGUGGUAACUUACUCAUUAGUAUUAGUCUAAAUGUACAGAAAUAUACUCAUAUGAAGAAUAGUAAGAGAGAAGCACCUGUACACUAUACUAAAGAUGUUUUAUGGUGGUUAGGUUUAACAUUAAUGGGCUUAGGAGAAAUAGGAAAUUUUACAGCCUAUGGAUUUGCUCCAGCAUCUCUAGUGGCACCUCUAGGUACAACUACCGUAGUUGCAAAUUUCUUCCUAGCAGCUUUAUUUCUAAAAGAGAAAAUAAGACCAGAACAUUUAUUUGGUUGUGCACUGGCUGUUGUAGGUGCUUUUUUAUUGGUAACUUUUUCAUCAAAGAAAGAGAGAGUUCUAGAUGGCAGUGAAAUAAUGCAAUUAUUGACAGAAAUUCCUUUUAUUAUUUACAUUUGUGUAGAAAUUGCAAGUUUAUGUGUCCUGUUCUUCCUGCUGUAUGUGAAAAAAUUAAAAGUUAUUGUUGUAUUGAUUUUGAUAACAGCUAUAACAGCAUCUUUUACUGUCAUAUCUGCUAAAGGUGUUAGUAGUAUGUUACAAGUUACUAUAAGUGGUGAACCACAGUUUAAAUAUCCUGUUUUAUAUAUUAUGUUGAUAAUAAUGAUACUGACAGCUGUUGUUCAAAUCAAGUACUUAAAUCAAGCUAUGAAAGAUUUUGAUUCAACUGUUGUAGUUCCAACUAACUUUGUUUUUUUUACAUUGAGUGCAAUAUUAGCAGGUAUUAUAUUCUAUAAAGAAUUCUGGGGAAUGAGUGGUUUAGAAAUAUGUAUGUUUAUUUUUGGGUGUAUUAUGUGUUUUGUUGGUGUUUAUUUUAUAACACUUGGUCUUCCUGGAUCUCAUAAACCAAAAGAAGCUCAACCACAAAUAACAUCUGAGGUCUUUCCAUCGUGGUUAACAGCUAGUGUUAAUGUAGGACAAGUCCAACCACAAGGGGAAGUUAAUCAUAAUAUAUUUGAUGGAAGUGGUAGUGAUCGACAACCUAUACUUACAGCUCAGGAAAUAAAUAGUUCUUCAGAAGAGAUAAACACAGAUGUUUAUCGUAGCAAUUCUGUUAAUCAAGAGGCUAGAAACUAUGGCACAAAUAAUUAUGAUAGUGACUAAACCAGGGCUGCUUUUUUUUGGCUCAUAUUUGUCAGUCCCAACUGAAUUUAACCAUGCAAUUAUAUUUACAGUUUUUAUUGUGUAAAAACACUUAAACCCUGGGAUAGUGCUAAUCAUGUUCAUAUUCUUUGAAAAAAAUUGUACUGCUAGUCAGAGAUAAACAAAAUACUCAAAAGCUGGCAAAAUGUUGAAGUGAGGACCCCUGAUAAAAGAACAUUCCUAUAAAAUAUUUUAUAUCUACAUAUUGUUUAAAGAUCUCUGUUAAUAUUUAUAAACAACUUCAGUUAAAAAUUAUUAUGCAAAUUGAUUGUAUGAUUGUUAUAAGUACUAAUUGUGUAUAUAUUACAUAAUGUGGUAUCUUGCAAAGUAAUAUACCAAAGCAGAACAAAAACAUAUUUGUAUUGUUACAUAAAUUUAUUUGAAUAAAUCAUUACCAUGAAUUUUUAGAAAUGUCUUAUGUGCAUUAUGUAUUUGUAGACAUAUUAUAUGCAUGGAGUGCAUUUUGUUUUGUAGACAGUAUAAAGUCUUUAUGCAUUUUAAUGAUACUUCAUUUCAUUUUCAUAUCUGCUUAACUACAUGAUUGUAACAACCUACCUUGUGCACAAUGCAUAUUUUGUUUAUUUAUGAGCUGUUGCUCUAGAAAAUUUACAAACUGAAUGUGAUAUUACUCGCUUAAACGAUCAUAUGAAUUAUUGUAAAUUAAUAUGAUUUGUAUAUCGUAAUGAAUAUUAUCACAUUCUUUUGUAUAAAACAAUUGUGGAUGAUGAUUUGAAUUUUUAUUUAUAUUUGUGUUUAAUUUUAAUCAAUGUGGUGUAUUGGUAAUUUUGAGUAUUUAUUAGUCUAGAACCAUUGAUGAUCAAGAAAAGUACACUGUAUAUACUUCUCAAUGUGACUGGCUGUGAUGACAAAAAUCAACAUUUGAUAUCUGCUACUUGGGUCUAUUUUUUUUGAAAACAGACAAAAAACAAUCAAGUAAUAUUAUCCAGUGCAGUCUGUUUAUUUGGUAUUAAAUAAUAUUGAUCAAAUGUAUAUUAUUAUAAAUAGUAUUGUUUUGGUUUUCUAACUUUAUUGCAUUUAUCUUUUACUAACUAUUAAAAUAUUAUUUUUGUCCAUUAUAUAAUUGGACCAUGUUUUAAAUACAGUAUUAAGGUUUAUUUUCUUGUUAUUUUUUUUACAGAAAUACUU